AUGUUUGUCAUCGUACUCGUUUUUGUCCCACAUCUCUUGUACCUCGCUACUCAAUACAACGCUCCCUCACCUUGGACCAUCUCUCCCGCAGUUCGCCCAGCCUUCUUGGCCCAACAGGUCAUUGACUCGCAAGGACUCUUGGAAUGUUGCAUAGCCUCGCAUUGGUUACCGCUCCAACAACAAUAUUUUGACAAGAUUAGAUGUUGCCGCUCUGUCUCUUUAUGGGCUUCCCGCCUCUUCCAACAGUUGAUCUUGCUUGGCUUCUACAUGUGGCAACAGCGGAAUGCCAUCCAGCAUUCGGACAAUAACGUUCAGCUACACAAACGUCACUGUACAGUAAAUGAGGGGAUUCACUCUCAGUUUGAUAUGGGUCCCAAUGACUUGCCUCCGGAAAUCAAGCCAAUGCUCUCAUGUUGUCAUCGAGUUCUGCGCAAGUUAUUGAUGGACAAGGAAGCGUGGCUUACGUUGCUUUGUCAGGAGCGCAGACAGUACCGUCGCGCCAUGAAAGCACAAGUAGUUUUCGGACUUUCUUCUCCUCCAGACCCUGACCAACCUUUUGUGGGACCUUAUGUGCCCCAAAUUCACCCCGCCUUGUCGCGGGAGAAGUCCUUUCCUCCUGGUUGGACUUGA